AUGUCUAAGAAUAUCCCUAAAAUCCUUGAAUUAUUAUAUGACUUUAUAUUUCUGUCUACCUUUAUGGUGUUUAGUUUAGCAGUUUCCCUACAGCUAUUACAUGGAGAUAUUGAACAAAUCAGAAGAGAAUACUCAUCAGUAUUUUCUCACGGAGUGUCUAUAACGAGGAAGUUGGGUUUUUCUAAUAUUAUUAUGCCUGGUGAAAUGAGAAAUGAUUUAUACAUCACUAUAGAAAGGGGCGAAUUUGAGAAAGGAGGGAAGAGCGUGGCCAGAAACGUGGAAGUGACCAUGUUCAUUGUGGAGAAUAGUGGCCAGAUCUUAAAGGAUUUUAUCUCCUUCGGCUCUGGAGAGCCGCCAGCUAGUGAGUACCACUCCUUUGUGCUUUAUCAUAACAACAGUCCCAGGUGGUCCGAACUGCUCAAACUUCCUAUUCCUGUGGAUAAAUUCAGGGGCGCACACAUCCGCUUUGAAUUUCGGCAUUGUUCCACAAAGGAGAAAGGAGAGAAGAAACUGUUUGGUUUCUCCUUCGUCCCUCUGAUGCAGGAAGAUGGUAGGACUCUUCCAGAUGGCACUCAUGAGCUCAUCGUGCAUAAGAAACCAAGAACAGAACAAAGAGAUCUCAUCAAAGUUCUCAAGUGGUAUGUGGACAGGAUAACGGAAGCGGAACGGCAAGAACACAUCCAGGAGGUGUUGAAGGCACAAGAAUAUAUUUUUAAGUAUAUAGUGCAAUCUCGAAGGCUCUUUUCCCUCGCCACCGGGGGGCAAAAUGAAGAGGAAUUUCGCUGCUGCAUUCAGGAGCUCCUUAUGUCGGUCCGUUUCUUCCUUUCUCAAGAGAGCAAAGGGUCAGGAGCGUUAUCUCAAUCACAGGCUGUGUUUCUGAGCUCCUUCCCAGCUGUGUACUCAGAGCUCCUGAAGCUCUUUGAUAUCAGGGAAGUGGCCAACUUGGUGCAGGACACCCUGGGCAGUCUGCCGACCAUCGUGCAUGUGGAUGACUCCCUGCAGGCCGUGAAGCUGCAGUGCAUCGGCAAAACCGUGGAAAGCCAGCUUUAUACCAAUCCAGAUUCCAGGUACAUUCUCUUGCCUGUCGUGUUACAUCACCUCCACAUGCACCUGCAAGAACAGAAGGACCUGAUCAUGUGCGCACGUAUCCUUAGCAACGUAUUUUGUCUCAUCAAGAAAAAUAGCUCAGAGAAAUCUGUGUUGGAGGAAAUAGAUGUGAUAGUGGCCAGCCUGCUGGACAUCCUGCUGAGAACCAUAUUGGAGAUCACCAGUCGACCUCAGCCGUCCGGCUCUGCCAUGAGGCUCCAAUUCCAGGAUGUCACUAUUGCUUGAGGAAAUAAGAAUAAUGAAAUAGAGAAACAGGAGUCAGGUGUUCUGAGUUCUAAUUCUGGAUUUCUCACUGU